AUGGGAGAUGAAGAAAGUGGGAAAAAUGCGACCAAUGAGAAAUCAGCCGCAAAAGUGAAAUCUGCAUCUACUCCUGCACCCGAAGGGGAAAAGGUUGAGGACAAAGUUUCCGAUAAGGAGAAGAAGCGCGUGGUGAAAAAGAAGAAGAAAAAGAGUCGUCCCACCUCCAGCGCGAAUCUUGUCGCCUUCAUUGCGCGCACCUUGGUCGCGACGAGUUAUCCGCUUUUGGAUAAGUCGACCCCUUUCCCCAUCGAGGGUGUGGCCACGACCGCACUGGUGGAUGAACUCGUGCCCCAUCAGUGUCGCAAAGUGACGGCGAACAUUCCCACGUCGACGUAUCUCAUUGAUCAAACGGUCGCGGAGAAGAUUGUCCAGUUGGUCCAGGAAGACGUCGCGACUGAUACUCUCAUUGAUUGGAAGGGCGGCCCUGUAGUCGAAUUUAGUCCCGGUCUUGGCAUCCUCACGACCCAACUAUUCGCCACGUUCGGAUUCAAACGAAUCACCGGAUUAGAGGAGAGUGGCAAGUUUGUAAAGUAUCUAAAGUUACAGAAAAGAUUUAACAGUGAGGGAAAGGAGACGGUCCUGCUGGAAAAAGGAUUUCCCGAAUUUCCUAAGCUCCAAUACGCUGAUAAGAUUGACGGCGGAAGAAGGAUAGCAAACCUCCUGGCGCAGAUUAAGAACCAAGAAAAUAAUUCCACGCAGAAAAACCUCCUCGUUUUUGGAGCUGUCCCACACGUGUCCUUAAUUCACUUUAUCAUCCGGUCCUGCGCGACAGGGCGUGUUUUUUAUGACGAAGAAUUUGACUGGUCUGACCCCACCUACUACGUGACUCUGGGAUCGAAAGCGCAUUGGGUUCUGACUUCCGAUCCGUCCUCCGGCCUCGUCGCGUAUCGUCCGUCGUCCGUUAUCUUCCAACUUCUCUUCAAAUUUAAGGUGGUUCUCGGAGAAUUCCCUCGCUCAGCUUGGAUCCCCUGGUCGAACGAGUCAGUGGAAGGGAAAAGCAAUAAGUUUAAGCUUCGCAACGCCUACGAUCCGAAUAUUUGUCAUCUUGUUAAAAUCCAGACUAAUCAGGACGUUGUUAACCGUGUGGGGCGGGACCACCUCGUCCACCUCUGGUACUUUGUGAGACAACACUUCUUCUCCAGGAAGAAGAGCGUCAUUCCUGAAUUGGAAAAGUGGGUGCCUGGCUGCGGGGCAAGGUUGAUCCGGCAAGGAUUCACGAUUUACACACAGUUCGGCCAACUCACUCCCGAUCAGGUGCUCGAUCUUUAUUUGGAGUUCAGUAGUUGGCCCGAGUUACAAGGAUCCUCAUUUUCCUCGGCGGUGGAGAAAUUCCAGGCCAGACUGGACCUACACGACGACGAAGUACACUGA